CAAAAGGUGUGUUACAAGUUUUGUAUUAAUUUGUUAGUUUGUGAGGCAGUGUGCUUGUGCUUAUAUACGUGAAGUCCUGUGUAGACUGCAAAAGAGCCUUUUGCGGGCUCGCGCAACACAAUUAAAACAGAGGAGGCCAAGCAAGAAAAGAUAAAGUCUCUCCGCGCGCCACUGCGCUCGGUUCCCUAGCAAAUAUACUUAUUGCAACACAUCACAAUCUUACUCUGUUACUUAUCUCGUUGAAUGAGAAAUAUCGUUCGACUAUGCCAUGUGUAAUGUUGAGUCUGGACAGAAAGUACGAACGAAAUUAGAAGGAGAGAGGUGGAUUAUUUGAGUGUAUAGGUGCAGAAAUGUCAUGUUGGCCUAACACCUGGCCACAGCUGCAGCCGCCUACAGUGCCUACCUGUCUCUCUUUCUCAACUCCUUUUCUUUGGCAACCUGUACAUGCCUUCUCCAGACGACGUCUUUCUACACUUAAAGUAUUACCAAUAGCAUUUAAAUGAAAAAAUACAGUAUUUAACGAUUUUUCAGUUGAUUCUAACUAUAAGCAGAUAUUAAUUGGUAAUGGGUUAGCACGUCACUGGUGUUACUGAAUUUGAUAAGCCUCGCUGUGUGAACUAUAGUUGUUACUUUCACAUGUAUGCAAUGUGAUAGGAAGUAGUUCUAAUGUCAAGAAGGCACGAGACAGCUCAAGCAACAUUCCUAUUAUUAUUAAAAAAAGCUAGUAUUUGUAAUAGAGAGUACUUGAUUUGGUAAACAAUCAAAAACCAAAAUGUUGGGAAGAUUCAAAACAGCGUUAAUGAGCGCAGUUAGUACUAGUGAAUAUGGAUUACAGUAUGCUAACGAUGUAGAUAAUGAAUCUGUCACAGACCUGAUAAACUCCAACUUGCCAAUUGCAGUCGAAACCAAGCCUUACAGCAGACCAAGUUUUUUGGGUCUCACAACUGACGAAACUCAGGUGAGUGCUGAUCACAAGGUGAGGCCAAUCAUUGUUCCCAGAGAUCUCAGUAGAUUACCAUGGUGUGCGGGUUAUGCCGAAUGCAUAAAUGCUGGCAAAAGCACAUGGAAUGAGGACCAAGCAACUGCAAUGAGAGGAGACUUAAAAUUACUAGAUACCAAUAUAAGUUUACCCUAUGUUAUGUUUUCAAUGUUUGAUGGCCAUGCUGGCUAUCAAGUGGCACUAACUGCCAGACUACACCUUCACAGAAUAAUUUUGGAAAGGUUAAUGGCAAUACCAGGCGAAGUUUUAAUGUUGGAAGGUAACAAAGGUCAAGAAUUAGUGAUAGGAGCGAUUGAACUCGCUUACAGGCAAAUGGAUCAAAUGGUUGAACAGCAAGCACAAAGAGGUGGAGGUGGAUGCACAUCUUUGACAGUAUUGUUUUUAAAUGGCAAACUUUACGCGGCUGGAGCUGGAGAUUCUAGAACAAUUCUUGUUUUGGGAGAAAGGGAAUCGGCACUAACGAGAGAUCAUACGCCUGACUCUGAGUCAAAUCGCGUGCGAGCUCUUGGAUACUUAAAAGGAACAGAACUUUUAAAGGGUCAAUUUACACCUUUAGAGUUUAAAAAAAGACCAUUACAGAGGGAUAUUGGCUCUUUGGUUUUGUACAGAGAACCGUACAUGACAGGAUGGGCAUACAAAGUCUUGGCUCAACCUGACUUGAGGCUGCCUCUGAUAUCUGGCCAAGGAAAAAGGAGUAGAGUAAUGGGUACAAUAGGAGUGACUAGAGGUUUUGGAGACCAUGGCUUGAAAGCGGCCAACACAGGAGUCAGUAUAAAACCAUUUUUAUCAUCGCAACCGGAAGUUCAAUCAUUAGACUUGGAAUCAUGUGACCUUAACGAAAGGGAUUGUAUUCUUAUGGCAACCGAUGGCCUUUGGGAUGUAGUUUCCGAUAAAACAGCUGCAAAUAUUCUUAGAAGAACUGUGGCACCUGACGACCCGUCUUUGGAGUAUAGAUUGACAAUGGCGGCCCAAGAACUGGUUCAAGCUGCGAGGGGCAGACUAGUGGGACGCAUGUGGCGACUAAAGUCCGAAAUCCAAGAGAACGGUGAGGACGACAUGAUGUCGAUGGCAUCAGUCGAUGAUAUAAGCGUGAUGGUUGUGCCCCUUUAUCCUUAUCUGUGUGAGCAUAGACAGUGGGUAAAAAUGCAGCAGCAAGAAAGACGACGCUCGGUAAAUUCGUUGCAGUUAUCGAAUAAUGAAACCUAGUGCGUUAAUCUUUUUUUGUAGCCCUUCGCUUUGAAGGUGGACAUAAAAAAAAGACGAUACUUGAUCAAAUACUUGGUAGAAAGAUUCAUCUUUUUUAUUGCAUUUUCAUUUAACUGCGUAUAAAAUAAAGAAAUAAAAAUUUUCACUUAGAAACUAAGUCUAAUAUUUACAAAUCUUAUGUGCAGGAUCACUGAAUAGCUUUAAAGAUGGAAACAAGUCUUUUUUCUACCAGGAAUUUGUAUGCACUAAAUAUAUACGUAUUCGUUAACAUUUUUUUUAAAUAGAGCAGAGUAUUGGACUGCUAAUCACACAUUUUUUGAAUUAAAUUUCUAAUAAGUAUUUGUUUCAUUCAAACAAUUAAGACAUUCCAGUUUACUAGUAACAUCAGAGCAUUUCAUAGUCAAGUACGCUUUACAGUUUUAUGUUUAUAAUUCAAGUUGUAUAAAUAAUUUCUUUAUGCAUUUAGACAUACCUACAGUAUAUUUUUAUCUUUAAAGUAAAUUAUUUCAAUACCAAAUUUAUCUUCACUUACUAUAACAUAUUGUAAAUACAAUGGAAAAUAUUUUGAUUAGUUGAAGAUUGUAAAAUAAAUAGC